UUUAGUACCACUUUGCGUACUCGAAAGUGUUCAUUUAUUUUAUGUCCAUAUAAAUUAUUCCCGGGGCUACGCAGCAAUUCCAGCGUUUUAUACGUGAAAUAAAUCUUUACAUCUGAAUAUCUUUAGUACAAUGCGUUACACAAUAAUGUCUUCCGUGUUGGUGCUUACCGCAGUAUUGUUUGGGUAUGUUUUGAGUGGUCCGCCUCCUCCAGUGCUUCUAAACAUCCCUGGUGUACCCACCAAGCAGGAGCUUACCGGUGUGCUAAAGACUGUUGAUGAGAUCUUCAUUGAGUUCAAGGAUAUGAUAAAGGUAGAGGGUAAAUCAACCAAUCAGGCAGUGGUGGAGGACGUCGCUCGGAUGGUCCACCGCGGGGAGGAAAUGCUCCAGAUGAUGGAGGAAAACGCUCUACUGAAAAUGCUCAUGAUGGAGAACGAGAACUCUGUGCAAAUAAAAUCUGCUCUGGGUGAUACCAUCAAGAAGUUAAUGGAAGAUUCGGCCAAGUCGAUGAGUGGAUGCAAUCUAAAAGUAAAGAAGGAUAUUAAAACUAGUUCAGAGCACGUGAAUGAAAUUGCUGGUAACGCUGCUGAAAAGGGACAGAAAUUGAUGGAGCAAUUGUCCAAUUGCACUAAAAAGAAUGGACUUCUUACACUAACGUGCACAAAAAAUAUUAUAACCAACGACGUAUAUCCAUUGAAAAUUCAAUUGCUGGAAGCAUUCCAGGCGCACAAAGGCGGGCAUCUGAAAGCGAUCGAGAUCAAGAAUUAUGCCGACGACUGUGUGCAUCAUGUUAUCUCUGACUGUCGUUCGAAACUGGAAGAUAUUCUCAAAGAGAUUCGAUAGUUUGCACUUCAGAAAUGCAGAAUACAGAUCGGAUGUUGCAUUACUAAAGCUCAUCCAUGCAUAAAACACGAAUAAAGAAAACGAAACACAAUGUAAUAAUAAAAUCGAAAAUAUUC